UAUUAUUAUAAAGAUUAAUAGAAUCAAAGAUAAUUAGUUAAUUAAGCAUAGCUCCAAAUCGAUAAUGAUUACUAUACUUUAGAUUUAUUUGUAAAAUAUCUAAAAAGCAUAAGUGACUAGAAGUGUUAUUGUUUAAUUUAUUUCCUAAUAAAACCGAAAAUCUAGUAAAUGAAAUUAAAUUCAGUGAAAAAAAAAUGCUAAUAAGUACAUAAAACAUACCUCACUUUUAUUCAAAAAAUCAAUAUAAACCUAAUUAUAAUGGAAUUUCUUAAAAAUAAUGUAAAAUUUUUUUGUUAUUUAGAAUUUUAAUGAAAAAUUACUAAUUUCCUCCAAACAUUAAUUGAAUAAAUAUAGCAAAUAAACCGAAAUAAUUUGUUCAUAAAGAAACAUA